AUGAAUAUAAUAGACAAGGACAGCCCGGACAUCAUAUGCCUUACAGAAAUUUUCUCCAAAUAUACCAACCUUCCACUAGACGAAACUACUAUCAAAUCACCAACAAUACUGCAAACAUUUCUAAAGAGGGACGUAGUCAUUUAUAUCAAGAAUACCAUCAAUGCAGAAAUAGAAGAACUGCCAUCACCAUUCCAAGAAUACUCGUCAAGCAUGAUCAAACUCAGUGGAAACGAUAAUCUCUUGGUAUGCUGUGUAUACAGAAGCCCUAACAGUUCAAACGAAAACAACAACCUAAACUACCUAAUAGACAUCAUGGAAAACACCCAUACCUCGCAUGUACUACUGGUGGGAGACUUUAAUUACAAAGAAAUAGACUGGGAAAAGCAGAUGUCAUCAACAGGUCCAAAUCACCCCUCAACCAAAUUCUUGGAAACAAUUCGUGACAAGUUACUAAGUCAACAUGUCAUUAGCCCUACUAGGUACCGGGAAAAUCAAACACCAUCUACUCUAGACCUCAUCUUUACAAACGAUGAAGAAAUGGUUCAAGACAUAACCUACGGAUCAGGACUAGGAAAGAGCGAUCACAUUACCUUAAGUUUUAAAUUAAUAUGCUACACUGAAACAGCUCAAGAGAACCAAAAACUCACACAACGAAACUUUUUUAAAGGCCACUACGAAGAAAUCAAGAAAAGCAUUGCUGACAUAGACUGUAACCAUCUGGACUCAAUUCAAGAUGUAGAUGUUGCAUGGAACUACCUUACUGAUCAACUCAAAAUCAUUAUUGAAAAAUGUAUACCAGCGAAUAAGGGAAGCAACUCCAACAAUCGUCGAAACCGAGAACUGAGAGAAAUCAGCAAACCAAAUGGGGAGUACACAAAAACCAACAAAGAAUCAGCAGACACUCUAAACAAAUAUUUCGCGAGUGUGUUUGUUAAAGACGAAGAUGCAGUGACACCUCCCUUCCGAAGAAGACACCAACAAGAAGCAAUAGUAAACACUAACAUCUCGGAAGUAGCCGUUCUUAAAGCCAUCAAACGAACAAACCCAAACAAGUCCCCUGGUCCAGACAAUUUGCACCCAAAAUGUAUCUUUGAAACGGCAGAAGAAAUUAAAGUACCUUUAAGAAUCAUCUUCAAAAAGUCGCUAGAAAGCAGCAAACUACCACUACCCUGGAAAGAGGCCAUCGCCACUCCGAUCCACAAGAAAGGCUCUAAAAAGGACCCCAGUAACUACAGACCCAUCAGUCUAACAUCUGUACCAUCAAUAAUUAUGCAGCGAAUCAUAAGAGUUGAAAUAAUCGCCUACAUGGACAUUCAUAACCUUCUUACUCCUCACCAACAUGGAUUCAGAACAGGAAAAUCAUGUGUCACUCAACUACUCGAAUCAAUGGAAAACUGGAUCAGCUCUCUAGAUUCGGGCGAAAAUGUUGAUGUCAUAUAUCUAAAUUUUAGCAAGGCAUUCGACAAAGUGUCCCACAAAUUUCUUUUACACAAACUAGACCAGUAUGGAAUAAGCGGAAAAUUACUGGGAUGGAUCAAAGCUUUUCUAAACAACAUGGUCCAGAGAGUUUCCAUAAAUGGUGUUACAUCAGAAUCCGUACCAGUCACAAGUGUGGUACCCCAAGGGAGUGUUCUAGGGCCAACUCUCUUCCUAAUCUACGUCAAUGACAUGCCAGACAUGCUAAACUGUACCAUCAAACUAUUUGCUGAUGACAUUAAGAUGUACAGACAAGACUUGCAAAACAACAUUAACCAAUAUGCAACACCAGUAACAUCGCCAGCCUUAAUCAAAGACAAAAUCAUCAUAGAAAACAUCCAAAGACGUGCAACAAAGAGAAUACCAAGUCUUAAACAUCUCUCUUAUCAUGAUAGACUCAAGGAAUUAGGAUUACCAACACUCGAAUAUCGCAGAGAGCGGGCGGACAUCAUCCAAACAUACAAAAUCCUCAACAAAUUGGAUAUUCUUGAAACUGGCACGCUAUUUCAGGAAACAGGUCGAACCACAACUAGGGGGCACUCAAGAAAAAUAUACAAAAGACCAUUCAGGCUUAACAAAACUGGAAACUUCUACAGCAAUCGAGUAAUAAACAUCUGGAACUCUCUACCUGAAGAAGUAAUAAGUGCUCCAUCCAUUAACGCCUUCAAAUCUAGAAUCAACAAACAUUGGAAUCAUCACCCAGCUAAAUUUCGGCCAACAUUCUACUAA